UGUCACACCCUGGCACUUUCAGAUUUCGUGUGAAACUUGUAUUGUAUAAAUUUCAAAAAGGGAACCCUUUCAAAGGGGGAUUUACCAUGCCGGUCGUCAAGUUGCAGUCCUCCGAUGGUGAAAUUUUUCACACCGAUUCCGAAACUGCGAAGUGCUCGAGUACCAUUAAGACCCUGCUGGAUGAUUGCGGACUGGAGGCGGAGAAUGACCCACUUAUUCCGCUGCCCAAUGUGAACUCGGCCAUUCUGAAAAAGGUCCUGAUUUGGGCCAAGCACCAUCGGAACGAUAAUGAAGAGGAAACUGGUGGGGAGUCAGCCAGGCCAAUGGUGGAUAUCAGUGCCUGGGAUGCCGAGUUCUUGGCCAUGGAUCAGGGCACUCUCUUCGAGCUCAUCCUGGCGGCCAACUACUUGGACAUCCGGAGUCUACUGAAUGCCGCCUGCAUGACGGUGGCCAACAUGAUCAAGGGUCACACGGCGGAGGAGAUUCGCAAGACCUUCCACAUCACCAACGAUUUCUCGCCCUCCGAAGAGGAUUUACUGCCCAAGGAACCCGAAGUCCCAGAGGAAGAUGAGGCCACGGAGUAUGGCGAUAUUUAAAUACGGAGUGAAUGUAACACCACAAUAAACAUUAUAAAAGAUGUGAUAAAAUUCAGAA